ACAAACUAAAACCCCAAAUUCUAAACCCCAAUUCCAUCUGCAAAUCGAAAUCCACCGUUGCCGCCGUGAAUUUCUCGGUCACCGGAGAAGAGAUAGCAAGCUAGUUCCAUGGAGGAGGCACCACCAGCCCCCGCUCCCGCUCCCCCUCCCCCUCCAGCCGCUUCGGAAACUGCUGUGAAUCAGACGAUCUACAUUAACAAUCUGAACGAGAAAAUUAAGCUCGACGAAUUGAAGAAAUCGCUGCACGCGGUGUUUUCGCAGUUCGGGAAAAUACUGGAGGUUUUGGCGUUCAAAACCCUAAAGCAUAAGGGGCAAGCAUGGGUUGUUUUUGACGAGCUCUCUUCCGCCUCCAAUGCGCUUCGUCAAAUGCAGGGGUUUCCGUUCUACGACAAGCCCAUGCGUAUACAAUAUGCGAAGUCAAAAUCUGAUGUCAUAACAAAGGCAGACGGCACUUUUGUCCCUCGAGAAAAAAGAAAGAAGAGUGAUGACAGAGGAAGAAAGAAGAAGGAUCAGCAUGAUGCGAACCAAGCAGCAGCGGGUCAAAAUCCCGCAUAUGCUGGUGCUUAUGGUGCAGCCCCUCCUUUAUCCCAGAUCCCAUUUAUGGGUGCUAGAGCUGCUCCAGAGGGUCCUGCCCCUCCAAAUAACAUCUUGUUCAUUCAAAAUCUUCCCCACCAAACAACUUCAGUGAUGCUGCAAAUGCUCUUCAGUCAGUGUCCCGGGUUUAAGGAAGUUAGGAUGAUCGAAGCUAAACCUGGAAUUUCUUUCGUAGAAUACGAAAAUGAGAUGCAGGCAACGGUUGCAAUGCAGGGGCUUCAGGGAUUUAAAAUAACUGAUGACCAUCCUAUGUUGGUUAGCUAUGCAAAGAAAUAGAUGAAGUCGUCGGGGAUCGGUUUGUUUUUCGCUCAGAUUGAGCCAGGCUCUCCAUGUAGCUUCUUGAGGAUUGACCAAUUGUCGUUAUUCUAGUGACAGUUCAAUCCACGUUUUGUUGUAUUGUGAUAUUAUUUUCUGUAUACAUUGGAUCCUGCUACAACCUGAAUUCUAUAACUGAUUACUACAGUAUACAGUUAUAGUGUCGUAAACAACUUUCUCAUUAAAGGAUUUGUACAGGUUUGAA